GUAUCGACUAAUUGAACGAAGUGGAGUUUUAGCUUUAGGACGCACCUAACAGUAAUUUAAAGCGUCCCAAUGAAGGUCUGUGGAUCUAAUUGUUUGUCACUUUUUGUUAUAUUCUCAGCUGUUCGGUCUUCAGUGUCCUUGUGGGACCCAGAUGAUCAUGGGUCCGGCGGGAUCACGGACGCUACGCCACUGCCAAUAAAUGCAGUAUGUCACAUGCACCCGGACGCAAAGUCUCCAUUAAACGUUACAGGCAUCAUAACUUUCAACCAAACGAACGAAUGGGCUCCAUUAAAAAUAAAUAUUAGCUUGUCCGGGUUUAAACAGUUUCCGCCGGACACUCCGGACUCUGAGCUCCUCCACGGGCUUCACAUUCACCAUUACGGGGACGUAGAUAACGGCUGUGUCACCUUGUCUAAAGGAAGUCACUUUAACCCACUGAGUAUGAACCACGGGGAUAUAGCUGACACUGUAAGACAUAUAGGUGACUUAGGAAACAUAAAGCAGGAGACAGAUGGCACUCUGCAUGUUGUUCUCUAUGACAGCCAAGCUUCAUUGUUCGGUUCUAUUAGCAUUCUGGGCAGAGGAAUCGUGGUUCAUGCGGCUCGGGAUGAUCUUGGAAGGGGAGGCAACCCAGGAAGUAUUUACAACGGCAACGCUGGACCUAGAUUAGCUUGUUGUGCAAUAGUAGUCACCCCUUGAUUGGCUUAUGCAUUUUGCUGGACAGUUUCAAAGUGAUACUUAAAUGUCUAACGAUUGUAAAAUGUUUACUUUUAUACCUAAUGAUUGGCGGCCCUUUGUCUUUAUGUUGAUGGAUGAUUAGGGCUGAGACUAAAUAAAAGAAUGAAGAC